GGGCUCAGCUAAGGGCUUCUGGGGUCCGGCUAGGGGGCCUUGAGCGGGGACCGUGAGGAGAGGGAGAAGUGGGGAGGAGGCGAAGAAGAGGAAGUGUCUGCGGGUCCCUUGCUCAGGGAAAGCCUGGGGACUCGUGUGCUGCUGACAGCUGCAAGGGAGAGGACAGACAGGCAGACAGAGAGGGGGGUGGAGAACAGGGAAUUGGUUCCUUAAUGGGUGUGAGAUGGAUUGUAUGCAGGGCAGGGGUAGCAGCCGUGCUGGUGGCCGUGAUGGUACUGAUGUCUUAAGAAAGGAUAAGAUCUUGGUAGCUGGGAGUAGAGAGGAUGGGACCGGAAGUGGAGGGGAGAGGACUGAGGAAUGGAGCCAAGUGGGUGGGACUUGAGAGUUUUGGGGUGGGGAGGAGGAGGUUGGGGACCUUCAAGAAAGCUUGUGGAGUAAGCCUUCUCUCAGAGGACAGGCCACUCUGAGAUGACGGGGAGGUCAGACAGAUAAGUCCUUGAGUGGGAAAUGGUAAGAGGGGGGCGGGAAACAGCAUCGAUUGAGUGACAUGAGACUGAUGGUGGAAGGUGUGAGAAUGGGGGGGGAUGUCCUGGAGGGGCUGUCUCUGAGGCCCCAUCCCCCCCCCCCCAGCAGGAUUCCUGAAAUCCCCAACACCCCCACCAGGGGCUUCGCUCCCCCCAUGGCUGCCGCUAACAGCAUUAUCGUGCUGGAUGAUGAUGAUGAGGAUGAAGCAGCUGCCCAGCCAGGGCCUUCCUAUCCACCCCCAAAUCAGGCCCAACCCCUGGCAGCAGCCUCUGAUUCCCUCCAGUCCAGUGGGGAAGGCAGCAGCAGUAGUGGGGGCAGCAAGAAAUGCUACCAGCUGGAGAAUGAGAAGCUGUUUGACGAGUUUCUUGAAUUGUGUAAGAAGCAAACUGGAGAACACCCUGAGGUCGUCCCGUACCUCUGUAACCGAAGGCAACGUGCUCGCCCUACGUUCCUGGCCUCAGCUGAGCUCCGAAAUGUUCUCUCUCGUGUCCUCUACCGUGCUCAAACCCGGCCUACCAAGCUCUAUGUCUUCAUUAAUGAGCUUUGUACAUUGCUGAAAGCCCACUCGAUCAAGAGGAAAGUGCCCCUGACCCCUGCUUCCACUGAACCUCCUGGGGAUGCACCUCCUGCCAAUCCUUCCUCUAACCCUGCCCCAAAUGAAGAAACUGCUUCUGGCUCCCCACGACCCCGAGGUUCACGGAGACAGAUCCAGCGCUUAGAGCAGCUGCUGGCAUUGUAUGUGGGAGAGAUAAAACGACUUCAGGAAAAGGAGCUGGACCUCUCUGAGCUAGAUGACCCGGACUCUGCAUAUUUGCAGGAGGGGCGGCUGAAACGUAAGCUGCUAGGACUCUUUGGGCGUCUAUGUGAGUUAAAAUCAUGUAGUUCACUGACAGGCCGUGUGACUGAGCAGCGUAUACCCUACCGGGGCACUCGAUACCCGGAGGUCAAUCGCCGUGUGGAGCGUCUCAUCAACAGGCCUGGCCCAGACACCUUUCCUGAUUACGGGGAUGUCCUUCGAGCUGUGGAAAAGGCAGCCACGAGACAUGGCCUCUGCCUCCCAAGGCGACAGCUCCAGCUCCUUGCUCAGGAUGCCUUUCGAGAUGUUGGCACCAAGUUACAGGAGCGGCGCCAUCUUGACCUUGUCUACAACUUUGGCUGUCACCUCACAGAUGACUAUAGGCCAGGCAUUGACCCUGCAUUGUCAGACCCUGUCCUGGCCCGUAGGCUUCGGGAGAACAGAAACUUGGCUCUCAGUCGGCUGGAUGAAGUGAUCUCCAAAUAUGCAAUGAUGCAAGAUGAGAGCGAAGAGGGUGAGAGACAGAGAAGGAAAGCCCGGUUUUCCCAAGGAAACUCUCCUCACAAUGAAGACCUUCCAACAGCAUCCACAGACUUGGGAGAGGGCCCUAGUGGGAAAAAGUCCACAUUCUGUCCCCCUUCCAAAACUGAGACAGAUGAGGAUGAAGAUGAAGAAGAAGAAGAUGAUGAUGAAGAAGAGGAAGAGGAAGAAGAUGAUGAAGAAGAUGAAGAUGAGGAGCUCACAGAUUCAGAGGAAGAGAUGGAAGAGAGCCAGGAAGGCCUAGGGGAGGAAGAUGAGCCAGGUAAGAAAUAUGUAGCUUCUCAGUCUCCAUCACAGAGGACUGCUGAGCAGGAGCUGGAGCCUGAACAAGGGAGCAAUAGCAGCAGCUCUUCAAUGGAGGAUGAUGAAGCAGGAAUGUCAGGGUCAUACUCCCUACCUCAAAGGAAGAAACCUGUUCCCACUUGCCUUGAGAAUGAAGACAGUGGGGAACAGCUCCCAUCAGAAGAGUUGUCCCAAGAUGUUGAAAGCCCAGCCUCCCAACUGUUUGAGUUGGUGAUUGAAGCCUUACCUUUGGACACAGUCCCUUCUCCUGAGGAUAGGGACCUCCCUUCUCCCAAGAAGUGCCCAGUACCUCCCCUCCCCACCAGCCUCCUGGAGAAUGGGGCAGCCACUGUUACCUCUACUUCCUUCAAUGGUGGAGUUUCUCCUAACACCCUGAGGGUUCCUAGUCCCCCCCUCAAGAAGUCUCGGAAGGAAGACAUGACAGAAGCAGAACUAAUUGGGCACAGUUUCUAUUUCCCCAGCUGCAUUGAUGUGCAAGCUGCAGAUGAACAAGAGAAUGGGAAGAGGUGUCAUUUCCCCAAUGUCCCCUCCCCCUUGGCUUCUUCCCUGGUUCCAGUUGCUGACUCUUCCACUCGAGCAGAUUCGCCCAGCCAUGGCUUGGUCACCAGCUCUAGAUGUAGCCCUCCACCAUCCAGGCCCCCUAGACCACAAGCUACCAGGCCUGCAGCCUGCAAGAUGAGUGUGGCAACCCAGUGUGACCCUGAAGAGAUCAUCAUCCUCUCAGACUCUGACUAGCUGUCUGGCUUUCCCAGCCCUCACUUCCCAAGUUUUUGUUUGUUUUUAUUUUGGUGGGGGGGGGAGCUGAGCUGUACCUUUUUUGUUGGUGUUUUGAAAAUAAUAAAAACUUUAAAGGUUUAUA